AUGUCUACAGUUGGAAAUUCGACAAACAUAUUCUGGCAAGAAUCACCUAUUGGAAAAACUAAAAGGCAGAAGUUGAUUAACCAGAAGGGUUGUGUUGUGUGGAUCAUAGGGCUCAGUGGCUCAGGGAAAAGCACGCUGGCUUGCUCGCUAAGCAGAGAUUUGUGCACCCGAGGAAAUCUAUCAUGUAUUCUUGAUGAGACCAUUUGUGCAGCGCGAAUGAAAGUAACGGUGAUAAGAAGAAAUCAGAUUGGCUUAGAUCUGUUAAGUUAUGGAAUCAGUAGCCGUAUCGGCAGGACAAAGAGAAUCAAUAAAAUCAGACGACGAUGGCGGUGGAUGUCAAACGAUAUGGCGGCGUGUGUUUCAGCCGUUUCAAAAGAAUAA